AUGCGUGGGGGUGUGAAGACUAGAAGUCGUAGAAAACGAGAACCGCAACAAAACGGGCAGAAAAUGGCAGAAACGGAACAAGGUGAUGGAGCAGAAAAUGUUAGCUCGAUGCUAAGAGCUAUAAAGACGGAUCUGCAAGAGUUCCGCGUUGAAAACAAGAAUGACUUUCGGAACAUGAAAGAGGAGCUGAGAAACGACAUGAAAGCUGAGUUGGCGUUGCUGAAAGACGUGGUGCAGAAGCGCAGAGAAUAUGGAAACAUUAAGCGGGCUUUGAAAGAGAAAAGCGUUCGUUUCCAAACGCCGCUGGAUAAAAUACGAAUACACUGGGACACGGGAGCACGUACCUACGGCAGCGCGCGGGAAGCGGCAAUCGAGAUGAGAAGAAGAGGUACCGUGGUGCCGGUACCGGAGCGUAACCCAGCGGAGCUGAGUCCUGAACUGGAGCGUUUGUCUCAAGCUACGGAGUGGCAGAGAACCGGCAUAUAA